UAGCGACUCUUUCUGGCAUUUGAGCAUUCUCUUUAUCUCAUCGCAUCUUGUACUUUUUGAGAUCAAAUGACGGCGCUGAACUAUGUUGUACCUAACCUCUAUCACCAUUUCCCUCGCGGCCCAGGCGCUUUUAACUGCCGCGCUUCUCAGACGUAUCCUUGCUAUUUUCGAACAACAUCACAAAAUCAAUCUCAAGCCCAAAUACUCACCAACAAAGACCGUCCAGUCGUGGCAGCGGACCAAUGCACGUCGCAAUUCCUUUUAGGGGGGCCAGAGUGUAGAAAGCUAGCAUACGUUAAGACGAGCUCAUCUGGGGGUGGGGGAGCGCAAGCACAGCCCCAGAAAAAGGACAAAGAAAAAGCCAAGGAAAAGUCAAAGGUCACCUCAGAGUCAUCUAACGAGGACGAUUACAUACUCGACGAAUUUGGAUGUCCCGACAUCACCAAAAGAUUCUACUGUCUCGAGUGUGGUGGCCAAGACGAGAAUGGGAAAUGCAAAGGUGAUCCCGAGGAUAACAAUAUGUUUAAGGGCUGCAGAUGCCACCCCGAUCCAGAUUGGUCUAAAAACCCACCUGGUUUAGUAAGACCUGACUACCGCAAGCAUCAACAAGCGAUACGGGAUAGGCAUCUUCUUCCUGAUGAUGAUGUGGGAGGGCCAGGGAGAGCAGGGAAUGUAUCACGCUCUGAUCCAGCAACAGUCAUUAUUCGUACACCGUUGCCAUCAAUGACGGUUAAACUUGUAGAUACUAUAUAA